UUUUGAUAGUAUAUAAACAUCAUGGUCAGCUCCAACAAGGUUUCAACGGAGUAAGUUUCCGUUCCCACUUUUUUACACGGUGUGUCCUUCAUGAGUCUUUGAUCUAACUGAUUUUUAUUUUAAUAUACUAUUGUGAUCUUUCAAAACUGAUGGACAGAGUAGAUUUGUUAUGGGAAUUUCUGUGAUCCCCACACAGCUUCCGACAAGAGUAACUUUGUGUGCGCGCAGAGAAAGAUUUGCUAAUUCACUGCGAGUGGGAAGCCAUACACAUUCAUACACAGACAAUUUCCUUCUUCAAAUAUGAAACAUGAGUGUGAGAUCUAAGCUUUUUAUAUGAUGUAGACAUUGCACCUCACUUGAUCAAUAGUUCAGAUCUCACACGUGUUUCAUAGUUGCACUUGCUCCCUUUGUAGAUGUGCACGGCUCCCAAAUGCGUGUGGAAUUAGCAAACCUCUCACGUGCGAUAGUAAAGGGGCAUGAAUACGGAUAAAAUUAAAACUAAUGACAGGAGUGCCUUCUUCUAUCAACGGUGACGGAGCGUUCACUGGAAGGAAACUAGCGGCGAGGGGUGUAUUGGUAUUAAUAUUCUAUUCGAGGGGGCGCAACAAGAGCUGCUUGAACUCACAAACAGAAAGGGACAACGGAUGGCGGGAUCUUUCAUGAGAAGAAGCGGUUCGCUCUCACUCAUGGCAAAUCCCAUUAUUUCAAAGGCGUGCAAUCUGUACUCAACAGCAUUCCGGAUUCUUGACAAGGAGAAAGAAAUCGAGUCAUAUUCUGUAGCUGACAAGCUAAGCAAUGGAAGAACCAGUUCCACUGUCACCUCGUCAGACCGUUCGACCACAAUGCAUCUCUCUCCAUUGCUUCCCUCUGGGAGUGAUCAAACCAAAGACUUUCAUAUUGAACUUGUAGAUCCCGGUCCUUGGCAAGUUUCAUCCAUCUUAGCCCAUGCGUGGAGCAGAACAGAUCAAACAUCGGUAACAUCAGAUUCCCUAAAUGAAACAGUUGAUGGGGCAGCUAAUCAAUUCCAAACAAUUGAAGAUGACACCCACUUUGAUGAAAUUGUGGACAUGAGACACCGUGGCAAACUCUUCUACAAACUUGAUAGGGAUUCCCGCGAGUUUGAAGAAUACAACAUCAAUUUCCGCAGAAAACACUCUCCGAAGAAGAACAAGGAAAAACAAGCAAAGGCACUCAGGAAAGAAAGUAACAUCAAGGAAGAAGCCAAGAAGAACAAGGAAAAGCAAGCGAAGGCAACGCUUGGGAAAGAAAGCAACAGAAAGGGUGAGUCAAGGACUACUAUCUCAGCAUCCGAAGAUGCGGAACUUGCAACACACACAAAGAAUUCUGGUCUACUUCAAGAAAUAGGCAAUUCAGUUGGAAGCGUCAGCAGGACCCAGUUGGACGGUAAGAAGAUGAGGAAACCGACGUAUAAUCAACUCACUGGUCCUUACCAUGAGCCUUUCUGCUUGGAUAUUUACAUAUCGAAGAGCUCUGUCCGUGCCUGCAUAGUUCACAGAGUAACCAGCAAGGUCGUUGCCGUGGCACAUUCAAUUUCAAAGGACUUGAAAUAUGACUUGGCAUCUACAAAGGAUUCAGCAGCCUGCACUACUGUGGGAGGAGUCCUAGCUCAGCGGGCAAUCGCCGACGAUAUCCACAAUGUGGUGUACACGCCACGGAAAGGGGAGAAGCUCGAAGGGAAACUUCAGAUUGUUCUGCAAUCUGUCAUCAACAAUGGGAUCGAUGUCAAGGUGAAGAUUAAACAAAGGGAACCCAUGAAGGUACCAAUUUCAUUUGUGAAACAAUCAUUCGGGAACGCUUCGUAGAUAGUAUUGGAUUGCUCUGGUUA